ACGAUGAGAUAGUACGACCGCGCAGAUCAUUUCCAUAAACUGGUACCCAUAACAGAAGGGAAGGCAAGAAAGUGGUGGAAGUUGUCGAAUAUUACAACCUGGAUGGAGAAUGGUACCAGGUUAGUCUGGUGUUGAUCGUGGCACCGUGAACCACGAUCCUGUUUCUUCCACGCGUACCGUGGAUAUAAACACGCUGAAGAUUCUCGAUGUCGCAAGUGUAAAACUCAAUACAAGAGGAUAUAAAGACAAUUUUUCAGAACUGUUCGCCUUCAAACGAUUGUUCUUGCCGGAAGAUAGCAAACAGUUUCGUUUUUAAAAACGGAACGUCGCAAGACGAGUUAAUUAUAAUCGCGAUUUCCGUUCUUUCACAUUUUUUCGUCGAACAAUACUCUGUACCGGCGAGAUGAAGUCACGUGAAUUGUGUAACAACGAAAAUACAGCAAGAGAAGAUAAUCAGCUGGAAUUCGUGUAUCUGAAGUUUGAAUCUAAUUAUGUAUAUACGGAUGAGCUGUAACUGUCCAUUAACCCCAUCGACUGGACCGACACUGGCAUCAACAUGCGGUGGUUCAUCCUUUAUGCUAUUCAUGGGUCUUUUAGAAGUAUUUCUUCGUAGCCAGUGUGACCUCGAAGAUCCAUGCAAUAGGCCUUUACCACCUCCUACCGUUAAUUCCAGGUACGAUUUCGUAGUUAUCGGAGGUGGAAGUGCAGGUGCAACAGUUGCAUCACGAUUAUCAGAGGAGCCACGAUUUUCGGUGUUAUUGUUAGAAGCUGGAUUAGACGAACCGACUGGGACCCAGAUACCUUCGUUCUUUUUCAAUUUCAUUGGAACUGACAUCGAUUGGCAAUAUAAUACCGAAAGUGAAGAUACCGCGUGUCUAAAUAAAGAUGAUCGAAAAUGUUACUGGCCCAGAGGGAAAGUUCUGGGUGGAACGAGCGUUAUGAAUGGCAUGAUGUAUAUAAGGGGCUCGCGAAAGGAUUACGACGACUGGGCGAGGCUAGGUAACAUAGGAUGGUCUUAUCAAGAUGUCCUUCCAUAUUUCAUCAGGAGCGAGGAUAAUCUUCAGGCAAACACCAUGGAUUAUGGUUAUCACGGUGUUGGUGGGCCACUCACGGUCACGCAGUUCCCUUAUCAUCCGCCCUUGAGUUAUUCUAUUCUCGAAGCUGGAAAAGAACUCGGUUAUGGUAUCGCGGAUCUAAAUGGACGAACUCAUACCGGAUUCGCUAUAGCCCAAACGACCUCCAGAAAUGGUUCACGGCUUUCGACUGCCCGGGCAUUUUUACGACCAGCUAAAAAUCGUCCGAAUCUCCAUAUAAUGCUCAACUCCACAGCCACUAGGAUUCUGUUCGACAACAACAAAAGAGCAGUUGGUGUGGAAUUUGUCCACGAUGGGAAAGUCCAUCGAGUUUCUGUGGCGAAGGAAGUAGUCAUAAGUGGAGGUGCCGUUAAUUCACCACAAAUACUUUUGAACAGUGGUAUCGGUCCUCGGGAAGAACUGAACGCUGUUGGUGUUCCGGUUAUUCAUGAUUUACCUGGUGUAGGUAAAAAUCUUCACAAUCACGUCGCCUAUACGCUGGUCUUCACUAUUAAUGAUACUGACACGACUCCCCUUAAUUGGGCAACUGCAAUGGAAUAUCUUCUUUUCAGGGAUGGAUUGAUGUCUGGUACAGGUAUUUCCGAGGUAACAGCGUUGAUAAAUACGAAAUAUGCGAAUCCAAAGGAGGAUCAUCCGGAUGUUCAGUUGAUAUUCGGCGGAUACCUAGCAGACUGCGCAGAAACGGGUAUGGUCGGUGAAACAAAGGGUAAUAACCGAACCAUUUACAUCAUUCCAACAUAUCUUCAUCCAAAGAGUCGUGGUUACCUUCGUCUACGAAAUAACGAUCCUCUUUCGAAGCCGUUGAUCUACCCGAAGUAUUUGAGCCAUCCUGAUGAUGUAGCGGGUCUUAUAGAGGCUAUUAAAUUCAGUAUAAGAUUGUCUGAAACUGAGGCUCUCAGCAGAUAUGGAUUUCAAUUAGAUCGUACACCCGUGAAAAAUUGUGAACACUUGGAAUUCGGUUGCGAUGCUUAUUGGGAAUGUGCAAUAAAGCAUGACACUGCGCCAGAAAACCAUCAAGCAGGUUCUUGCAAAAUGGGCCCACCGGACGAUCCUCUUGCGGUGGUAGACAAUCAAUUAAGAGUCAGAGGAGUGAGAGGCGUCAGAGUAGCGGAUACUAGUAUCAUGCCAAGGGUCGUUUCCGGUAACACAAAUGCGCCCGCCAUUAUGAUAGGAGAACGCGCCGCAGACUUCAUCAAGAGGACCUGGGUUGGCUGAAAGAAGUUUUCUCAUUAGAAAGAAACUUCCUCUGAAAUGAAAAAUUAUACAGAAAGAAAUUUAUAGUUGACCACCGAUUCGUGAAAUAUUGAAUUUAAACCUGGAAAUGUGAUUUUUAAAAAGGCACAUAACUGAAAGUAAAUGUAAUUUAAUUAUUUAAUAUAUCUUUGACAUUGAUAUUUUUAAUAUAUCUUUUUAUUUUCAGAAUUUUUUUCCAAAUAAUUACAAAAUUUUUCUUUGAAAAAUUGAAUCUUUUAAAUAUUUUUAAGAAAUCUGAAUUGAUUUUUACUUUGAAUUACUUUUAAAAAUUGAAAAAUGAGGAAAUGUCUAAUUUAUAAUUAGGAAAUUAGAAAGAUAUACGGUGAAUUUAAUUACAAAUUUCUUUCAAUAUUUCAAUCUUUAAAAAAGCUAAGGUAGCGCUGUGCGCAUUUAAAUCUGUAUAAUUUUUAUAAAAUAUGAUGAAUAUUCUAUAUCGUUAAAAGAUUUUAAAUGCAUUUAAAUUUGAUAAAUCCUUGAUUGUCUAUAGUUUUAGGAAAUUGUCCCAAUAAUGGCAGUAGCUACCUCUGCUUUGAACCCUUUUUUUUUUUCAGGAAAAGGGUAUAGAUACUGUAAAUAGUUCAGUAAUAGUAUCAAAUACAAUUACAUUAAUCAUAAAUAUAAUUUAUAUUAUUAGUAAGUAUUAAUUUCAAUCAUUCUUUCGUGUAUUUUCUAUUUUCUCUGAAAUUAAUUGAAAUUUUAUAAUUCUAUUAAAACAGUAGAAUAAAAAAUAUAAUACGAAAUAUGAAUAAUGAAAAAUAAUAUGAAAAAAUGUUCAAUAUAUAAAAGAUAAAAAAUAAUUAAUAAUAAACCAUUUGGAAUUGCUGCAAUAAUAACAUUUCUUUGCAAAUAAUGUUAAGAAAAUAAAAAUAAAGAAAUAAAACUGUCUGGUCUUGGAAAUACUGAUAACAUAAAGAACCACAUCGUUGGAUCACGUAUCACGUUUUGCGAGCACUACUUUUAUAUCCUACUGGAAAUAGAAUGUCACUCUCUGUGGAA